AUGUGCAGAUGGACGCUGUCCGUAGCCCAUCUCUGUCCUGAACCUACCCUUGGCACCACCACUGCUGCAGCCUCCGCCAGGCGACUUCUCCCCCUACCCAGUGCAGCCUCCCUUUGCUUGGCAUGCUUCACUCUGCUCCUGGUCACCGCUGGCACUGCCACAGGGGCCUGUCCUCCCGGGGUAGGGCAUGAAUCCCUGCAGGUUCUCACAAGUGGCAUCAACUGUUCAUGGACAUUGGAAAGGCACACUCGCAGUUACAAUCACCUAGAGGGCGAUGUCCGACUACGGCGGCUUUACUCUGCUAACAAGUUCUUUCUGUGCAUUGACAAAACAGGCAAGGUGGAGGGCACUCGGCGGAAAAACUACGCAGACAGCCUGAUGGAAAUCCGAUCUGUCAGUGUGGGAGUUGUUGCCAUCAAAUCUGUCAGCACCGGGCUGUACUUAGCUAUGUCCAAGAAAGGCACGCUCUUUGGAUCGGUGAAGUACAACCCGAGCUGCAAGUUCAAGGAGCGCAUUGAGGAGAACGGCUACAACACGUACGCCUCCCUGCGUUGGAAGCAUGGCGGCAGGCAGAUGUUUGUUUCACUUAACGGGCGUGGGAAGCCGAGGCGAGGUCACAAGGCUCGACGAAGGCACCCAUCCACCCAUUUCCUGCCAAUGCUCCCAUCCUAG